AUGGAUUCCACGCCAUAUCUGGACCGCUAUCGUCAGAUAGGUGCUGUCGAUCAGCAGAAGAAUCAGCUCAUUGAGGACCUCCUCCAACGAGUCACCGAACUGGAGAAUUCCUUCCAGCGCGAGAAAUUGGACCAUGAGCGCGAGACUCGGUUCAAUCGAGAUAUCCAGUUGCAUGAGAUGGAACUCAUGCAACAGAUAGCACAAAUCAAGAAUAUUAUGGACCGAGAACCUUUCGUCGUGGUACUCUUGGACGGCGAGGCAAUAAUUUUCAAGGAUGAUUUCCUGCAAUUAGGAGAAGAAGGAGGUCGACUGGCCGCGCAGCAAUUCUACGCCGGAAUGCACGCAUAUAUCCUGAGCAACCUCUCCAGUAUUCACACGCCCAAGAUAAUUACCAAGCUUUAUCUGAAUGUGAAGGGCUUUGCGGAGAACUGCGCUCGGAGUGGUAUCAUCUCGGAUCCCGCACUCGUUCAUGACUUUAUUCGAGGAUUUAAUGAAACCAUGUCAUAUUCUGAGAUUGUUGACAUUGGAUCGGCUAAGAACAAGGCCAAUGAUAAGAUUCAAGAGACUUUCCAGGUCUUCCUUUACAAUUGCCAUUGCCACCAGGUCUUCGUGGGCUGCGCCUCCAAUCCCGAAUACGCUCGUUUCCUUGAAGAUACUUUGACCGAUGGUGACAUCACGGGUCGUGUUUCGCUCAUUGAGGGCAUCACAUUUGAAAAAGAGCUGGAGACCGUGAAGAGCUCAUAUAGGAUCGCGAAGUUCCCGGAAGUGUUCCGUUCAACCAAACCGGUUCCAAUCUAUGUUGCUCCCUGGAAGAGCAGCUUACCGUCUCGAUCGUUGCUCACUCCAUCGCCAUCCCAGCAGCUGAACCCACCACCCCUGUCUCGCGCUUCUACCAACACAGAUAUGUCGGGUAUGGGCGCACCUCUUGCAGUGUCAACAUCAAAUAAAACCAAUGAAUCACCGGAUUUCCAGGUUGUUCGUUCUCGAGCAUCUCCAUCAAGCCCGGUCAAAACUGUGGAGCGAAACAAGUAUGGACAACGUGUUGAUCGUCUCGAUUUCAAGAGCAUUCCUCGUGAUGAUUUGAAUCGAUUGAAGAAGCUCAAGCUCUGCAAUUAUUAUUUCCUCCUUGGAGAAUGCCCUAAUGAGGAGAACUGCUACCAUGAUCAUGACCGCAAGUUGACCAAGCAGGAGCUGCACAUUCUGUCUGCCAUUGCCCGUAUGACUCCUUGCCGCUUCGGUCUAGAAUGUGAUGACCCCGAGUGCAUCUAUGGUCAUCGUUGCCCGCAGAGCGAACCUGGCAAGAAGACUUGCUUCCGAGGUGAUAGCUGUCGCUUUGAGCCUGUUGCACACGGGAUCGACACGAAUAUCGUCAAAGUGACGAAAAUCUAA